AUUAAAAAAAAAAAAAAAAAAACACAAAAACACAAAAACAAAAACAAAAACACUUCCAUCUGCUUCUGAGAAAACCAUGAAUUUCACAUUCAACAACAACAACAAACAAAUCACUUCUUGUUCACCUUCACCUCCUAUUGUCUUCCACCAAUGAAAGAUCCUCUUACUAUGGAAUACUCAGAAACAGCAACAACAACAGCAAAACCAAUGACAGCAUCAAGAAGCUUUAGCUCUGAUGCUUUGGCUACUACUCUUAGCAACUCAAUCCAAGCUUUAGGCAGAGGAUUUGAUGUCACCUCUGAUAUUAGGCUUCUUUACUGCAAGGGAGCUCCUGGGUCGAGGCUGGUUCACCUUGACGAAGACAGUACCAGGGAUCUUGUGGUCUCUAGAGGAGUUGUGGUGCCAAAUGUGCCUCUUGAGAUUCACUGCUCAACGGGGGAGAUUGCCUUUGAGAAUAAAUCUGUGUGCUCCUUUCGUGAGAUGGCAGAAUAUUUUAAUAAGAAAUCAGAUAUAUCAGAACGCAUCCCGCUGGGAAGUUUUAAUGCCAUGUUCAAUUUCACUGGUUCUUGGCAAGUAGAUGCAGCAGCUACAAAAUCCCUUGCAAUGGUUGGAUAUUUCAUUCCUCUAUUUGAAGUUAAGUUGGCAAAAGAUGGUUUGGUUUUGAGUGAGGAAAUUAAACAUGCUGUUCCUUACUCUUGGGAUCCAGCAUCUUUGGCAAGUUUUAUUGAAAAUUUUGGUACCCAUAUCGUUACGUCUGCAACAAUCGGUGGAAGAGAUGUUGUUUAUAUCAGGCAGCACCAAUCAUCUCCAUUGUCAGCAUUGGACAUUGAGAGCUAUGUGAAAGACAUUAGGGAUCAGCGGUUUCUGGAGUUGAAAAGCCAGUUAAGUGCUGGGCCCUUAAAAUACAAGGAUAAGGAUGUUACUGUAAUUUUCAGGAGGAGAGGAGGUGACGAUCUUGAGCAGAGUCAUGCCAAGUGGGUAGAGACUGUUCAGUUGGCACCAGAUGUGAUUAACAUGACCUUUACACCCAUCGUUUCUCUGUUGGAAGAUGUGCCUGGAAUAAAGCAUUUGGCACGUGCAAUUGAAUUAUAUCUGGAGUACAAGCCACCUAUUGAAGAUUUACAAUAUUUCUUGGAUUUUCAAAUUGCUCAAGUUUGGGCCCCAGAACACAAUAAUCUACAAAGAAAGGAGCCUGUGUGUUCCUCCCUUCAGUUCAGCUUGAUGGGUCCAAAGCUGUAUGUGAGCCCAGAUCAGGUAACAGUUGGCCGUAAGCCAGUCACUGGGCUUAGACUUAGCCUAGAAGGGAACAAACAGAACCGACUUGCUAUUCAUAUGCAGCAUCUAGUGUCUCUUCCGAAAAUUCUUCAGCCCCAUUGGGAUGCACACAUGGCUAUUGGGGCCCCCAAGUGGCAGGGUCCAGAGGAACAGGACAGCCGUUGGUUUGAGGCAAUCAAGUGGAAGAACUUCUCCCAUGUAAGCACUGCACCUAUUGAGCACACUGAGACUUGCAUUGGAGACCUCUCCGGUGUUCAUAUUGUCACAGGGGCUCAACUUGGUGUAUGGGAUUUUGGUGCCAAAAACGUAUUACACCUCAAACUACUCUUCUCUAAAGUACCAGGCUGUACAAUAAGGCGGUCUGUUUGGGAUCACAACCCUUCCACUCUUUACACAUCACAGAGGCCUGAUGGCACUUCUUCAUCAGUUUCAAGUGAUAAAAAGGAAGAUGUAAGUUCAAGCCAAAUUGGGAAACUUGCAAAAAUUGUAGACAUGACAGAAAUGUCAAAGGGACCACAAGAUAUUCCUGGUCAUUGGUUAGUCACAGGGGCAAAACUUGGGGUUGACAAGGGAAAGAUUGUAUUGCGCAUAAAAUACUCCUUGCUGAAUUACUGAUAUAAUUGGUUUUGUUGUUCUAGUUUUUUACCUUCCCACUAGAAACUAUAGUCAAGCAUUCUUUGCACAGGUGAUCCCAGUUCUUUGGUUUUGUACAUUUGUGUUCUUUUGAUCUAUAGCCGCCUUGUUGAUAA